GCGGGGCUCGCGCCGGGCCGCGCGCUGCCCUCGGGCCCCGCGGGGGCGGGGCUGAGCAGCCGGGGCGGCGCGGGCACGGCCGCUCCUGGGGGCGGAGCGGAGCGGAGCGGGGCGGCAGUUUCAAACGCGGCGUGAGGGGAGCCCGCGCGGCCCGGCGCUUCGGCCGCCGGCAGCGGCUCGGGUUGUGUUCGUCCCGCCGGAAAGAUCCCUAGGCGCUGGAGGAGGAAUCUGCCAGUGCCGGAGCGCGCCGCUGCUGUCCUUCGCUUAUUAGCAAUGCAACUGUUCGUCCAAAGAAGGUAUUUGGUAAUAAACCAUCUGUGAACUGGAGUCACUAUACUUAGAAGACUUGGAAGUGGACUUGGACUUGCAAGUGUUCUUGCCUCAAAAAAUUAAAAUCUACCUUCUGACAGCAAGGAAGCGAAAACAAUGGGAGUGACUUACCUGUGGCAAAUCCUUGAGCCUGUCAGACAACCUGUCAACAUAAGUAGUCUCAGAGGGAAAACACUUGCUGUUGAUUUAAGUUUGUGGGUUUGUGAAGCACAGAGUGUUAAAAAGAUGGUUGGAGUAGUUACUAAGCCACAUCUCAGAAACCUAUUUUUUCGAUUCUCUUUCUUUACAUCAAUGGGAAUUAAACUAGUGUUUGUCAUGGAGGGAGAGGCCCCCAGGCUGAAAGCAGACACCAUGAGCAAGAGGAAUGAGAUGCGCUAUGGGCCUUCCAAGAAAGCUGGAGCUGUAAGAACAGGGAGAUCUUUAUUUAAAGCCAUGUUAAAAGAGUGUCUUGAACUGCUGGAGUGUUUAGGUGUCCCUUGGGUUCAAGCAGCUGGAGAGGCAGAGGCCAUGUGUGCUUACCUAAAUGCAAAAGGACUUGUUGAUGGCUGCAUUACCAAUGAUGGAGAUGUUUUCUUGUAUGGAGCUCAAACAGUUUAUAGGAACUUUGCCAUGAAUGCUAAGGAUCCACAUCUUGACAGUUACACAAUGUCCUCUAUUAAAGAGAAACUCGGUUGUGAUAGAGAGUCUUUGAUUGGGCUAGCAGUUCUUCUGGGCUGUGAUUAUCUUCCAAAGGGGGUUCCAGGAGUUGGGAAGGAGCAAGCUUUAAAGUUAAUUGAGGCUCUGCAAGGUCAAAACUUAUUGCAAAGAUUUGAGCAGUGGAAGGAACAAUUUCAUUAUGAUGAUAAUCCACCUUUGGGUGUUAAAAGGGUAAUUCACUGUUCAGCGUGCCAUCAUCCAGGAUCUUACAAGGAACACGAGCACAAUGGAUGUAAAUUCUGUGGAAGUGUGAGAUGCUGCAAACCCAGUGACUCCAAACACUGCUGCCCCUGUGCAUGGCAUCGGUGGGAGCGAGUGAAACAAGCAAAUGCACUGGAGGACAGUAUCAAAAAAAAAGCCAUGAGUUGUGAGGGCUUUCCAUUUUCUGAGGUUAUCCAAGAGUUUCUUGUAAACAAGAAUAAAUUGAUCAACAUAAAGGAAUGUCAAAGGCCAAAUUUAUUGUCCUUUCAGCUGUUUGCUUCCGAGAAGAUGGAAUGGACCAAACAUUAUGCUUGUAAGAAGCUGUUAGCACUUUUGACACAUUAUGAUAUGAUCCAGAGAAAAUCUGGAUACAUUGACUCAAAACAACUGCAGGCAAUACGGAUUGUUAAGACACGUGUUAAAAAUGGAAUUCCUUGUUUUGAAAUUGAAUGGCAAAAACCAGAACAUUAUGUUGAUCCAGAAGAUGAGCCUGUGGAGUUGUUUGUAGUCACAGUAGAAGAAGAGUCUUUGUUUCAGGCUGCUUAUCCUGAUGUUGUUGCCCUCUAUCAAGUGCAAAAGUCAGACAUUCUUCAGAAGAAACAGAAAAAAAAGAAAGACAGGUCAGAAGAAAAGGAGUUACCAAAUUCUUAUGAUGAAAUUACCAGUCUUCUGUCUCAAAUUAGUUUAAAGCCUACGCACAGAAUUCUUCCUGUGCAACACUCCACGUCAGAUACAAAAUCUCCCUCAGAAGAUCAGACACAGCAGAGAAGUACUGGAUCAAAAGAUGUAGCAUUACCUUCAGCUUCCUUCAGAACAGUUUGUGUGUCAACAUCAGCAGCUGCUCUUGCUGACUCAUCUGUGCCCUCACAGUGCACUAAACAUUCAGGGAUAUCAUCCUCUUCCUUUGUAACUGGUCUGCAACUGAGCAGUACUGAUGGGAAAGGAACCUCCCUCAGCACUACACCAGCCCAUGGAGGUGAUGACCAUGAUCCAGCAGCUGACUUAACCACAUGCAUAAAAUACUCACAUCCACUAAGUCAUGAAACACUAAGAAAUAGCUCAGAUUAUUUUGAUGUUACACAGUCUGAUAUGCAUUCUGAUAGUGAGGAUGAUUUGUUCUCAAGUGAUGCUAUGGGACAACUUCAGGAGUGGUCUUUAAGCGAGCGAAUACUUAAGAAGGCUCUCAUUCCAUCACAGCCUUUGUCUGAAGAUGCAGUGCAACUGGAGUCUUUGAAUUGUUUUAAACAAACAAAAGAAACAUUGAAUCCUGAUAGAAAUCAUGUCUCUUCCUCAUGUCCAUUAAAUAACCCAGUGCAGGAAAAUAAAAAUGUUCUAUCAGAAAACUCUGCUAGUGAAUCCAGCCUACAUAUCUAUCAAAAUACACACAAGAAAGCUGACAUCCUAGCUGAAAUAGUGCAAAAAGACCCUUCUAGAAGUGGUUCAGCAUCUCUAGCCUGCAGUGGGAAAACAACAGAGACACUUCAUCCUGGGUAUGAAAUGCUUCCAGCAUCUCGAAAGCCAGCAGAUGCAACUGGCUGUCACAUCAAAGAAGCUUGUAUUGAAACUACUUGGAAAGCUUCUUUUAAGAAGAGUGUCUGUCAGAACAGAUGCUCUUCUAGUGAAGACAGUGAUGAUGGGCACGUGGAUAAAAUCCUGGUUUAUGAGCAGCAGAAAAGGCAACUGAACCCUGGCCAGUUUAAGAAAUGUUUUACAAAGAAAAAGAGUAGCAUUGUUACUAGCAAAAGGACAAACAGUGACUCAGCCCUUUCAAUUAAGGGAAACAAGAAAAUGACCAAUUUAAAGAAAGCUGUUAACAAUUUCUCAGUGCAAGUAGCUCCAAAACUGUCCUCUGUAGAGAAAGUUAAUUGUUCCCAAAGUCCAGAGCGACCAGUGGAAAGACUGGGUUCUGAUCCCACACAGCAAGAGAAAAGUGCUGUUCUGACUUCUGCGUGGGCAGACAGUCCCCUUCCCCUGUCUGAAAGACUGAAAGGAAGAAUCAAAAUCAAUUAGGUUCUCCAUAAAAUAGAUCAUGAUAUCAAUUAAUUGUCAGUUCUUGAAGACUUCUUUCUCCAAGUUUUCUGUCAAUCUUAUGUGGACACAGUUUUAAUGAAUAGGAAGUGCUGGCACUGGAGCUGAAGUUUGAAACUAAAAUGUUAACAAAAGUGCCGGACAGUUGAUUGUAGGCAAGUACCAGUCAUUCUGUGUGUGUUUAGGUUCUGAACUUGAUACAUAAGCAUCAGGAUACAGUAUGCAAGGAUGAGGGAGAUUUAAGAAAAAGGGUUUUUUUCCCAACCAGUUGUGCAGAUUUUGUGUACAGCUAUUAGUCUUGCUUACAAAAACACUUUCUAGAACAGUGCCUUCAGUGCUGUUGGAUUUUCCUAAUAAGACAAAGUGAUGCAGCAUUUUUAAACUGAAGUUCUCCAUUCUCCUCCACUAAUUUAAUUUUGCAAGUUUUGAAAUGGGUUUUGAAAUCCUGUGUUUCUGGUUGUAUUGACAAUCUCUGAAGGACCAGAUAGAGACACACAGCAGAUGUACUUCACAGGGUAGCUAAAUUUAUAUCUGCUGUGCCCCAUAAUAAGCUGUUCUUUGGGGGUGCACCUCUUCCAAAGAGUGGAAUAAUCCAUGGAAGGAUACUCUGGUGUUGUAGCUGUCAUAUCUAAUAUUUAAGGAAAUUUUAUGACUAAUUUAAUUUGGGCAUUUUUUUCUUAAAGAAGGUUGAAAUCUCAUCUAAAAUUCACUUCCAUGCAUAAUAGAGUGAAAGUUAAGUUACAGAAAAUCUAGUUAUCAUAUUGCAAGUUCUUUGAAUAAUAUCAUGUUUGGGUGUUUUUUAAAAGGGGAAACUUGAGUACAAUUACAGUUUUGAAAGUGCUCUUCCUGCCUCUUUAUUGCAGAAGCAAUACUGGUUCAUACACCAGAAAAAGUUGCUCUCAGCAGUUGCCUGUUGGAGGAAUACCUCCUUCUCUGUAGUAGGUGUUUGUAACUUCUUCUGUGCACCAGCCAGAAGGAAGACAAUUCUUGCCAUGACAUAUUGGUAACGAGAAAUUUAGAAUAUCUGUGCCUUAGUGAAAAUGCCAGUUCAUCAUGGUCAAGGACCAAGUUUGGAAGCUGAAUUCCAGAUGUGUUUAAGGAAGACAUAGGUAGCCUAUAGCUAAUACAGUAUGUAAUUAGACAAAUGAUGCUUUCUUAGUUUACUCUGUGGGAAGAUGGAAAAGUUUUAUUUAUAAUUAAUUGAUUUUCCAAUGUAUGUAUUCUGGAAAUGAGAAAAAAAUUGAAAAUAUUGAGAACUUAUUUUCAGUUUUGAAGAUGGUCUUUGUCUUCUG